AUGAGAUUUUUCGGGAAGAAGGACUUUCUCAACUGUGAGACCGCUUGGCGCAAUGGUAGCGCGUUCGACUCCAGAUCGAAAGGUUGGGCGUUCGAUCCGCUCAGUGGUCAGGAGUUUUGCACUCGGCCGAAAACUACAUACCCUCUACCGUAUGCUCGAAUAGUGGUGGGAAACAUGAGACUCUUCGGGAAGAAGGACUUUCUCAACUGUGAGACCGCUUGGCGCAAUGGUAGCGCGUUCGACUCCAGAUCGAAAGGUUGGGCGUUCGAUCCGCUCAGUGGUCAGGAGUUUUGCACUCGGCCGAAAACUACAUAG